AUGACAUCACCAGGAGACUGUUCAAUAUAUGAUCAUCCUACAGGAGUAAACUCGGAUGACUAUGAGGCGAGAUAUCCACCUGAUCCUAACGGUGAGGAAAUUGGAGAAGAUGCUCGUGUCUGGCGUGUAUAUCUGGAUGAAGCAGAAGCUCACGAUGCGGAGAUGGUUGGGCAAUGGAAGGAUACAGUCGACUCGCUUCUUGUCUUCGCUGGUCUUUUCUCCGCUGUCGUCACUACAUUUGUGGUCCAGACCUCUCAAUCCUUGCAGCAGGACUACACGCAGAUCUCCGCGGCGCUCCUCACAGAACUCGUUACGCUCCAGCGAGCUACUGCCGAGGGACUACCCGCUACCACAGUCCCUUCUUCGCGGCAGUCGCCCUUCGUCUCCGACGUUGCCGAUCGAUUCGUCAAUGGCCUUUGGUUCAUUAGCCUGUCGUUGAGCCUGUCUACUGGGUUGUUCUGCAUCUUGGUCAAGCAGUGGGCGCAGCAUUACAUGUCGUCUAUAUCUGGGACGCCAAUGGAGCGUGCACACCGACGCCAGUACCGUUUUGAUGGUCUCAAAACGUGGCAUGUCCGCGGUAUCGUAGGCAUGCUGCCCCUAUUCUUGCAUGCAGCACUCCUGGUAUUCUCCGCUGGCCUUGUGUUGUUCCUGCGAGCAUUG